AUGGCCAGCUACCUUUGCAAAACUUGCUUUCUUGCGAGUAUUCACACCGAGCACAAAUAUCAGAAAGAGCAAAUAUCUUGUGGCUUCUGCGCCUGUGGUCACGAAGAGGCCUGGACCAGCGGAGUAUACUGUCGUAUUCACGGUGGUGACGAGUUGCAGGAAGAGAAAAAUCUACCGAAGAGUGGCGGAAGCGGCGAUGGUGCUCAAGUUUUGCCUACAGUGGAGGAGGAACAACGCCAGGAGAUGGAACGCCUGCAGCAACGUCUGGAAGCCUUGCCCCUCGAUGUGGACGCCGCUCAAUUGGCUGCUUUCACCACUGCCUCAUCGAAUAAGCGUAUCUCUGAGGUGGAGGCCCGAUGUCGGGCUCAGCAAUCUCGCGCAAACCGACUUCAUCCUCUGCUCUAUGCCACACGAAGUCGUGAGGAUUCGGAGGCUCGCUUUUCAGCCAUCCUUUACAUCUCCGAAGUUCAACAUCUGAGACCCAUUAUCUGCAACGCCCUCCUGGGUCGCUAUGUUGCGUUCUCUACGACAGCGACUGCCGAGGGUGGCGUCUCUGCUUUUGAGUCUGCGUUCCUGCUCCCUGGUGAAAUGUUGGCUGAGCAGAGUCUUUUGGCCCAAUACUUUGCUCAAGUCCACGCCGCACACGGCGGCCUACGCAGGAGCCUGGCGGCUGUCAUUACUGCUUUCCUGAUGCAGGAGACCUUUUAUCAAAGCGUCUUUGCGAUCGAGUUCAUUCGG